AAGCCGUUGUUAGUUCCUCUGAGGAAUCGAGUAUACGACAACCAACCGCCUCGGCCACUCCUCCAACGGCUUCCUCGCUUCCGUUCCGCUGAGGAGAGCAAUUGGUAUAAAACCUCCGCUACCUCCUAUAACAAUCCGACAAUUAGUUACUUUGAGUAGUUUUUAUAAUUAUCUCAAUCUUGCACGCGGCAAGGACCGUUCGUCUUGUGCAAAUUUGAUGAUUUAAUGAAGGUUCCUUAACGGCCUUCCUCCUUCGAUCGACGGUCACUGAUUGAAGGGUUUCUUUCUUCGAAUCGACGCUUUUCCGGGAGCUCCGACGCCCGCUCCAGAAGAAGUUUUCCUAUCUAAAAGCCCAUUUAAAAACAUGUGAUUCUUUUGUAUAUUUUCCGAUAAACGAUACGACUCCCCCGCGGUCAAUAACCUGCCAUUUACACAUUUAUGCACUGGAUUUACGUCAUAUCGUCAGAAUCAUUGGUAUGGCCAGGUGGUUCUAUAUGACUCUCAUUCUAGUGAUGACCAUCACUACUACACACGUAUGCCAGGGCGACAAAAGGGCUGGAAGGCAAAAAAGGAUUGUGUGGAUUACUACAGAUGGAAGGCUGGCGCUACCUCCAGGCACAUUACUGACAAUAACUCCUACAAUUUCUAUGCCAUUUGUCCGUUACCCACCAGAUGGAUUUCUAUCUAAUAUGACAAUUAGCCUUCCAUUUACAAUUAACUUUGAUGUUCUCGGAUUGACGGAUAACCAAAAUCCAUAUGGUGCAUUGCCUCCAAUCAUAGCGAGAGGACUUGGAAGAAGUGCAGGUGCAGUCGUAGCAGAUUAUAUUGCAUCAUUACUGAACAAAAAGCGAUCCUCAAGAUCAGCAGAACAAAGUGUUAUAUCUGAAGCAUCAGCGCUUUUUCAUGGGGGAGAACGGGCUAUAUUAUACAUUGUUGUUGAGGAUUUUUUGGCCAAUUUCGGACUUGAUGGAAAAGCAUGCUUGUUGAGGGCGAUUUGCGAAGUCCACGUUCAUUCGUUGAGAACGUAUGGAAUAUUUGGAGAAAUGAUAAAACUGUUUUUUACAGCUAGCAAAUCUCCUUUUGCUGAAUCAUUAAGCGAAUAUGUUAAAGCUGAACGACUAGGACUGGAACAGGGAGAAUGCUUCCCAUACUACAAAGAUUGUCCAAAAUCUCUGUUUUCUCAUCCAUCAAAAAAUAAAUAUGUAAACAAUCAUGAAGAAGAAGAAGAGGACUUUAAUGCUGAAGAAAAUGAAGUGAUAAUGGACGAGAAACCAAAUAGAUCUGGAAUGACCAAUGAUGUAUUACAGAAUGUCAUUAUGUAAGACAUGUCGGUAUUCAAACACAAAUAGUAUUUUUUUCAGUAGGCAGUUUUAACGUUUUGUUAAUUAUCUGAAUAGCUUUAUUUUAUUGUGCACAAAAGACAUAAAACCAAACAUAUGUAUUAACUCAUUAACUAACUUUAUUAAUGUGUUCAAUAUUAAUACAUAUGAAUUUGGUGAAUUAGUCUAUAUUUGGUUUAUUAGAACAUGUUGCUCAAAAAAAUUAUCAGUUUAUGAUUUGGAUUGUGAUGUUACAAAACUAUCCCUUUUUUCAUUAACAUUUACGUCUAAAUUCAACAAAUAUAUACAUUCACAUUUCUUAAUUUGGCAUUGAUUUUAGAAAUGCUGCAAAUCCAAAGUGCACAUUUUUAAACAUUAAUUUUUUAGGAUGUGAUGAGUGGAAGUGUAGAUUUCAUGUUAAUGUAUAUCAAAAAGAAAGAUGAAAUACAUUCCUGAAAACUACACUUAAAUUAACAUACUAUUUUAUUAUUAUUUAUUUGUAAAUAAUUGAA